AUGUCAGAACAACCUCCCACGAACCCGAGUAGCCCAAAAACAACUAGCACAACAAAUCCGAAAUCGAUUGGCGCUGGAAUCUUUGUCCCACCUUCCAGCCCUGUUCAAUCAAGCCCGCUCAGCUCCCCCCCUCCCUCUUCCCCUGAUCCAAUCAGCUCCACGGACGUGAUUAAUACGCUCAUCCCUCCGAUCAGCCCAAAUUCUGCCAAAUUGCCCCUCCCAGCAAGUCCUCCACACCCAAAACCCCCUCGCUUGUCGCAUUCCAGUACCGCCCAGCCAAAAAUGAAGGAUUCGGCAUCCCAAGCGGUAGUUUCUGCCCCAAAGAAAAUCCCAAGGCCUAAUGAAACUGUCUUAAAGCUCAAGCUAUCCCCCGUCGCCAACAAAAUCCCCUCAAAAUCAUCCAAAUCAUCCAACAAGUACAAAUUGGCGGCCAAGUCCAAAAAGUUUGGGCGGAAGGAAGAUUCAGAUGAUUACAGCGCCCCAACAUCUGACUCAACUCUGUUGGAUGAUGCCGAUGAUGAAAGCGCAGAUGCUGUCAAUAAAUACAAUUCUGAUUCCAAUUAA